AUUAGUAAACCAAUAUGGUGACUUUGUAUAAUACAACAAAUGCCGGUUUUUUUUUAACCGUGGUGCAACUACACUUGUAUGUUUAACAUAAGUUAUUAUAUGUGAGUAAAGCUGAAGAACUGAGACUCAAUUAUAUUACUAAAAGAGUUUAACAAAUCAUGUUUUAUCAUAUAUCAUUAGAACAUGAAAUUUUAUUACACCCUAGGUACUUUGGACCACAGUUGCUCGACACUGUAAAACAAAAAUUAUAUACAGAAGUCGAGGGUACUUGUACUGGAAAGUAUGGUUUUGUUGUAGCUGUAACAACUAUAGACAAUAUAGGAGCUGGUAUUAUUCAGCCUGGACAAGGAUUUGUGGUUUAUCCUGUUAAAUAUAAAGCUAUUGUUUUCCGACCUUUUAAAGGUGAAGUACUCGAUGCUAUUGUUACACAAGUGAACAAAGUUGGGAUGUUUGCAGAAAUAGGACCCUUGUCAUGCUUCAUAUCUCAUCAUUCUAUUCCAUCAGAUAUGCAAUUCUGUCCAAAUGUAAAUCCACCCUGUUACAAAUCAAAGGAAGAGGACGUGGUGAUACAAGCAGAUGAUGAAAUUCGAUUAAAAAUUGUUGGAACCAGAGUAGAUGCUACUGGAAUUUUUGCUAUUGGUACGCUGAUGGAUGAUUACCUUGGUAAAAUUUAUUCCUAUUUCACCUUUUUUUUCUGUAAUAAAUAUAUCAUUUAUACAUAUAACCUUAUAAUUGCAGGACUCGUGUGCAACUGAGCGAACAGUAUUUUCUUAAAGUACCUAUUACAAAAUAAACGAGUCUGUCCACAAUUUUUGCACACAGGAAAAUAUGUAAUUUUGUCUCCAAAGAAAUAUUAAAUGAUCUCAUUGUGAUUGUAACAAAACAUAGUUCAAUAAAAAAUUAAUUUUAUACAGAA